ACAACGCGAUCAGCUGCCGCGACAACGUCUGUACAAACAUAAUAAUUAUUUAACACGAAAAGUUUUGGCGGGAAAUGUAAACAUCACUGAUGUCUAGCUGUUCCUAUAGUUGUUUAAGUUCUAAGAGAUAAUUCAAAUUUGGAACUCGUCAAAGAACAAAAAAGAAAAUAUGAAUAUUUAAUUGUGUUUUGUUAUUUUUUUUAUGCUGGAUAAGUGUUAAUAUGAUGGCUUUGAUAAAAAUUCUCACAACAGUGAUAGUAUUCAUCAUGCUGGACUGUUCUAUGUGCAAUCAAGAUUUUUUGGAAGAUGUACAUAAACAGCAACUACUUAGUCAUUUGUCAGAAUCAGAGAAACUGUUCCUUUUUGGUGCCAAACCUGAGAACGCUCAAUUCGAGAUAGCAAAUCUAAGACACCGGAAACGGCAAAAGCGUUCCGUAUUACACGAUAAUGAAGAACUAAUCAGAUUGAAAAAUAAUUUCAACAUGAAACACAUACCGAGAAAUAGAUUGCUAGACCCACAGUUCCUAUUGUUAAAGCGGUGGUCAAACGGCACUGACGUAAUAAAUCAACACGAUGAAGAACUAGAUCGUUGUUAUUAUAAAAGCGAUAAUGCUGCACUUUUUAUCUGUGAUGAUGUUAGAGGACUGAUAAAAUCUAACGAGAGUUUUUAUUUUAUCCAUCCAUUACCACAAAGAUUUCACCAUGAAGAUUUAAAGCCACACGUCUUAGUUAAACAUAAUAGAAAUCUAGUUAAGGGUGAAGUUAAUGAUGAGAUAACUCCUUGCGUGGAAAGGGAUAGUCUGAAUUUUACAGAACCCAAUCCUCCCCGAACUUGGACAAAGCAUAGACGAAAACGGGAUGUAAAAUCUUAUCCUGAUCAAGAUAGCUUAGAAAAUUUUAAAUUAAGUUUAGUCCAUAGAAACAAAACCAUAGGUGCUUUAAUAGAUAAAAUAAAACCAGAUGAAGUUAGGCGAAAGAGAGCAAUUCUGCCAGCAAUAUUUGUUGAAACAGCAGUGUUCGUCGACAGAGAUUUGUACAAACAUAUGACAAUAAACUUUCCUAAAGAUACGGAGAGUGAACUAGUGAGAUUCGUAUUAGCUAUGAUAAAUGCAGUACAAUUAUUAUACCAUGACCCUAGUUUAGGCAGGCCAGUAAAUUUCAUAUUAAAAAGACUUGAAAUACUACACGAAGACCCUGCUAAUCUGAAGCGGCCACACGAUAUAGAUAGGUUUUUAAGUAACUUUUGUACCUGGCAAAGAUUGGAGAAUCCUCUGGGUGAUAACGAUCCAUUACAUUGGGAUCACGCAUUGAUACUAACUGGACUAGACUUAUAUGUGGUUAACAAGAACGGGAAAGUGAGCAGUCAAGUAGUCGGACUAGCGCCAGUUGCUGGUAUGUGUACGGUUACCAGUAGCUGUACAGUUAACGAGGGGAGACAUUUCGAAAGUGUCUAUGUUGUUGCACAUGAAAUUGGUCACAACCUAGGUAUGCGUCACGACGGGCCUUUAGCAGACAAUGGCUGUGACCCCAGUGCAUAUUUAAUGAGUCCCACGUUAGGAAGUGGAAAAAUAACCUGGUCCCAAUGCAGCAGGAAUUACUUGCAGAAAUUUUUAGACACAUCACAAGCACGCUGUCUGCUCGACCACGGCAACUCGGCUGGUCAGCUGGAUCACAGUGCAGAAGGAACUCUGCCUGGUGAACGAUUCGAUGCGAACCAACAAUGUAUGUUAAAAUAUGGAAGAGGAAGCCGGCAUUCAGCAGUUCAGAACCUGGAAGACAUAUGUAGAGACCUUCACUGCCAGCGAGAAAGAUAUACCUGGACCUCACACCCCGCGCUCGAAGGAACCAAGUGUGGGGAGGAUAUGUAUUGUCGCGGUGGUGAGUGUGUGGAGCGAUGGAGCAGCAACAUGGCGGCCGGUGGUCACUGGGGUCGCUGGUCUCAUUGGUCGGAGUGCGCCUCCGCAUGUCUGGUCGACGAUGCGCAUGCGCCCGCCGCGGCCGGGGUCGCCGUUUCCACUCGCCGAUGUAGCAGAGCCAGGCACGACAACGGCAAAAACUAUUGUUCAGGAAGCGACAAGAAAUAUCAGUCAUGUCACGCACACCAGUGCAACAAUGUUCCACGAAUGACAGUGCGGGAAUUUGCGGACGAAAUUUGUUCCAGAGCUCGGGAAGUUGACCCGGAUUUGAUCGGAACUGGCUUACAAAGAAUAGAUGCUGAUGCCUCUUCAGACGUGAGCAGCGCAUGCGCGGUGUGGUGCGACACGCGCGGCGGCGGUUACAAGUCGCGCGGCUGGAGCCUGCCCGAUGGUACCGCGUGCUCCAGGGUGGCGCCCAUGUUCUGUAUCUCUGGCGUGUGUAGAAAAUUCACGUGCACCAACGGAUUGGACGCAGAGUUCUCUUUGCGACCGUCUGACUGCGAAUGGGAGGCUUUACAGUUGCAGAGCGCCUCAACGCAAACUGUGUCGACGAGUCGCAAAUCGUCGGGAACAUGGCGGCGUGCGGUGGGCUCAGCUUGGCGACCAAUCAGCGGCUGCCAUUACCGCUGCGUCACGCCUGGCACCGGCGUACGAUUGGUCCGUUCUUCGCGGGCGCACACUAUCCAACUGUGCAGUCCGGAUCAACGACUGCCUGACCUUGGUUGUAGCCAAAGGAUGUCUCCAUACCAGUAUGCCACGAUGGUCUGCAGCAAGUAUAAAGACAGAGUGAGAAGACUAUCUGGUCUGGGAAUGCAGAUAUCUCCUUCAGUUGAGGAGCCUGACCGGCCGUGUCGCGUGGCAUGUCAAGACGAGCACGUGUCACACCGGUUCUACCUGGUGAACGGCCAGGAGGGAUGGUUUCCGUUGGGAACUGCAUGCGGGAAGAGGAACGCUUCCUACUGCGUCAGUGGCAAAUGUCUGGAGUUUGGAGAAGACCUAACCCCUCUCUCGGAGUCGGUAUUCACACUACCACUAUUGCCGCGCGAAGAUAAUGGCAACUCCAGACACAUCAACGUAGACGUGCGGCAAUCCUCGCGGCACAAGCGCAGUCUACAUAGGGACAGAGUGACUGUUAAGGCGUCACUCGACAGGCAGGAUUUGGACGAAAUCAUUGCCAGGCUGAACUUGACCAAUGACAUUAACGUGCAUACAGCGUACGUAGAGAGGAUACCGGAUACCAUACACUUGGACUUCUCAAACCCGAUUCAUAUCGCACCAAGCGACACUCUCAUCGAUAAGAUACCAAGACCUACCUGGGACUGAACACGACUUGAUCUUACUGGAAAAUCACACCUAUUCUUGGUGAAGGACCCAGAGCAAUAUGAUAGGCGGUACGUUGCACCAUCAUUUUGAAAGCAUACAUUGCGGGGAUUUGAAAGCUGCUCGUUCUAACAUACAUAAAUAUAAAAUCUAUUUGUAAUUUGGAAAACGUUACGUAUUCAACCCAAAUAUUUUUCAAGUCACACUUAAUAGUAUUAAAGCUGUUAGUACUGAACUGUAAAAAUGAUAAUUGUAACUGGUAGAUAUUGUGCACCAUUUCAAUAAAAUUUUAUGUUGAAAUCUACAAACGUACGCUGUUGAUUGGUGAAUCCGCAUCGCUCCCGCCUUUUAUGUGAAUAGUCUCUUAUAUACUUCUUGACUGACGUGUAAUUUUAAGUCCGUCAAGAUAAUUAUAACGAAUUUAUUGUUUCUAUUUAAUAUCAAGUAUUGCAAUUUUUAUACUAUUGUAAGUGUACAUAAACAAACUGUUACAAAAUUUAUUAUCACUACGAGCACAUUUUUAAUAGCUGUGUGUAUAUUCGUUAGGAAUGACGUAUUUUCUUAUUGAAGUUAAAGAUUUUAUAAGAAUGAAGUAUCUCAUCUUUUCUGCUUUACCACGUAAAAGAAAAAUGGUAUUAUAAUGAAAGUAUGUAGGUCCGUUAAAUGAUGACAUUGUCGCAGUAGGAUCUUAUUAACACCCAAUCGAUAUGAAAAACGUUGGUGUUUUGCGGUUGUGUGUACCAAAAAUAGUCAAGAGUUUGGACUUAUAGUUGUGAUUUAAAUUAUACACUUGUUUAUACUUUACUAUACUUUAAAUAAAUAAUAAAAUUAA